CUCUAAAAGCACAACAUGUUCUUCCUCCUCAGCAUGCAGGGAACGUGUGUUGUGCUUCUCGCCCUCCUGGGCCUCGCGGCCGCCCAGGUGCAGCUCAACCUCGAGUUCGAGUACCUCAACAAGUUCGGCAACGUCAAGGUGCGACAAGCAUGCUUCGGUACCGAGGCGACCAUGGCGUACCACGCAGAGGUUGACCGCGCCGUUACCACCUGCUUCGCUAAGUUUAGGGCACCGCAGGUCUCCAACGACAACGGAAUCCAGACACUUUUCAGCCUCUUCCGUAAGAAGCGAUCAGCCCCGCGCUAUCCCUCGUCUCGCGUCAAGUUCAUCGCCGACGAGAUCAAGACCGAGGUCGACUAUUUCCGCUGUGUCAUGACCGAGAUGGGCAUCACCGACAAAGAUAACAAGCUCGACGCCAACGCCAUCGUGGCAAGGAUCAAGUCUGCAGGCCUGGCCGCGCAACUGGAGAGCGACAUGCUGCAUGCUGUCAGCGAGUGCACCAAAUACGCCUUGUGCGUGCCUCCCGGCAAGGACUCGUACCCUCUGCCCAACGAUGUGAUCACCACCAAGCAUUACCUCUUCUGCGAGAACGAGCUCCGGUCCUACGCCUGCCUCAAGAACGACGCCAGGUGGUUGGUUGACGACUUUGAUCUCCGAGGUGCCGACCACAGGCUGGACUUCCUUGCCACCGACCAAGACAAAGUGGCCGCCCUGCUCUUCGCCAACAACAUCGUCGGCCCUGACGACUUCGGUCUUUACGAAUAAACUGCCUCCAUCAAACACGCCUGUAAUGAGUGUAUACAUUCGAAUGAACCGAGCUAUUAGGAGAUCCUAGCAGUUUCACAAGCGACUUCGAUAUCUGAUGAAAAUAACGCCACUGAAAUAUUAUCAGUUCAUGUUUCUGUUACAAACUGGAUCUAAAUUAUUUUGGAUAUUAUAAAAUGUAUUGGUUUGAGUGAAAAUAUAACUGCAUGAGUGAAAUAAGAAAUAAAUUAAAAACGAGA